AGUGAACACAAAACAGUUAUUAGUGUUGACUAGUUACCAAAUGAAGGUGCUGUCAAUAUGUCGUUGGCGGCAGCGCAGGAGGCGGCGGGGGCGCAGGCUCGCGCGGCGCCAGCUGAUACCAUGGGCGGCGCGCACCAGCCCGCUACUCCAGGGCCCAGCUCACUCUUUAUAUUUGCCGACGAAAAUCCUAUUCGGAGGUACACAAAGUUUAUCAUCGAGUGGCCGCCCUUCGAGUACGCGGUGCUGCUUACCAUCAUCGCCAACUGCGUGGUGCUGGCGCUGGAGGAGCAUUUGCCCAACGGCGAUAAGACCAUCUUAGCACAGAAUCUGGAAAAGACCGAGGCGUACUUUUUAGGAAUAUUUUGUGUAGAAGCCUCGUUAAAAAUUUUAGCAUUAGGUUUUGUUUUACACAGGGGAUCUUAUCUUAGGAACGUUUGGAACAUCAUGGAUUUUUUCGUUGUAGUAACUGGUAUCAUCACGCAGCUGCCGAUCGCGCCAGCCGACGUCGACUUCAGGACCUUGCGUGCCAUUAGGGUGCUGAGGCCCCUUAAAUUAGUAUCGGGCGUUCCUAGUCUGCAAGUGGUACUGAAGUCUAUUAUAAAGGCGAUGGCGCCGUUGCUGCAGAUCGGCCUCUUGGUGCUUUUCGCGAUAGUCAUCUUCGCUAUCAUCGGCCUCGAGUUCUACUCAGGGGCGCUGCAUAAGACUUGUUAUAAUUUAGAAGAUAUUAGUGAAAUAGUUAACGAAGGCGAUAGUGCGACACCGUGCAACGCGGACAACGCGAGUCUGGCGCCGUUUGGCGCGAACGUGUGUGAGUACGAGAAGAGCACGUGCUUAGAGAAGUGGGAGGGGCCGAACAGGGGCAUCACGUCCUUUGACAACAUCGGCUUCGCUAUGCUCACUGUCUUCCAGUGCAUCACCAUGGAGGGCUGGACCGCCAUCCUCUAUUGGACGAAUGACGCGCUAGGUAGUGCGUUCAACUGGAUUUACUUUGUGCCUCUCAUAGUAUUGGGCUCAUUCUUUAUGCUCAACUUAGUUCUCGGUGUUCUUAGCGGUGAGUUCGCUAAAGAAAGAGAGAAAGUAGAAAAUAGACAAGAAUUUCUUAAAUUAAGAAGACAGCAGCAACUCGAGAGAGAACUCAAUGGUUACGUUGAGUGGAUAUGUAAAGCAGAGGAAGUAAUAUUAGCAGAAGAAAGAACAACAGAAGAAGAAAAGAUGCACAUAAUAGAAGCACGAAGAAGAGCAGCGGCCAAAAAGAAGUUAAAAAACCUUGGUAAAAGUAAAAGCACAGACACAGAAGAGGAAGAACAAGAUGAAGACUGCGGUGAUGACGGUUUUCUGAAAAGUAAAGCCCGAUCAGCUGGGAGGUUUGCAAACUUCUGGCGAGCCGAAAAGAGGUUUCGGUUCUGGAUCAGGCACACUGUAAAGACCCAGUGGUUCUACUGGUUCGUCAUUGUCUUGGUGCUCUUCAACACGAUAUGCGUCGCUGUAGAGCAUUACAGACAACCCAAGUGGUUGACUUCAUUUUUAUACUAUGCCGAAUUUGUGUUCCUGGGGUUGUUCAUGAUGGAGAUGUGGGUGAAGAUGUACGCGUUAGGACCGCGGAUUUACUUCGAGUCAUCAUUCAACCGGUUCGACUGCGUCGUCAUCUCUGGCUCCAUCUUUGAGGUCGUCUGGUCAGAAGUCAAGGGUGGCUCAUUCGGUCUAUCUGUCUUGAGAGCUCUAAGACUGCUGAGGAUAUUCAAGGUCACCAAGUACUGGUCAUCACUUCGGAACCUGGUGAUAUCUCUCCUCAACUCAAUGAGAUCCAUCAUCUCGCUGCUGUUCCUUCUCUUCUUGUUCAUUCUCAUCUUCGCACUACUCGGCAUGCAACUGUUCGGAGGACAGUUCAACUUCGAGGAUGGCACACCACCGACCAACUUCAACACCUUUCCUAUUGCGUUGCUUACUGUCUUCCAGAUCCUAACAGGUGAAGAUUGGAACGAAGUGAUGUAUGAUGGCAUCCAGUCUCAGGGCGGCAUCCAGAGAGGCAUGAUCUACUCGCUGUACUUUGUCAUCCUCGUCUUGUUUGGCAACUACACGCUGCUAAACGUGUUCCUUGCCAUCGCUGUCGACAACUUGGCUAAUGCCCAGGAAUUGACAGCGGCUGAAGAGGAACAAGUCGAGGAGGACAAGGAGAAACAACUCCAAGAAUUGGAGAAAGAGAUGGGUGCAUUACACGCGGUGGACGGUUCUCCACCAGGAAUACCAAUAAGUCCGGCAACGCCGACGCAUAGGAAGAACAAAAAGAAAGAAGAGGCCAAAAAAGAAGAUGAAGAUGAGGUACCAGAUGGACCAAAACCAAUGCUGCCAUAUUCGUCCAUGUUUAUUUUGUCACCUACUAAUCCAAUUAGGCGAGGCGCACACUGGGUUGUAAAUUUAAGAUAUUUUGAUUUUUUUAUCAUGGUAGUUAUAUGUAUGAGUUCUGCGGCUUUAGCGGCUGAAGACCCCGUAGUGGAAGAGAGUGACAGGAACAAGAUCCUGAACUACUUCGACUACGCGUUCACGGGCGUGUUCACCGUGGAGAUGUUGCUGAAGAUAGUGGAUCUUGGCAUCCUGUUCCACCCGGGCGCGUACUUACGCGACCUGUGGAACAUCAUGGAUGCCGCUGUCGUUAUAUGCGCCCUUGUCAGCUUCGGAUUUGAGAUCGGAGGCGUGAAAAAGGGCGCAGGGCAGAACCUGUCCACGAUAAAAUCGUUAAGAGUGUUACGAGUGCUCAGACCUUUGAAAACUAUAAAACGAGUUCCAAAGUUAAAAGCAGUGUUUGACUGUGUUGUGAACUCUUUGAAAAACGUCAUUAACAUUCUCAUUGUGUACAUAUUGUUUCAAUUCAUAUUCGCUGUAAUUGCAGUUCAACUUUUUAAUGGUAAAUUUUUUCACUGCAACGAUAUCAGUAAGAAUACUUUUGAAGACUGCCAAGGGUCGUAUUUCGUGUACGAGUCAAACAGCCUAUUGCCGCGCGUCAGCCAGCGGACGUGGACGACGCAAUCCUUCCAUUACGACAAUGUCGCCGUGGCCAUGCUUACGCUGUUCGCGGUGCAGACCGGGGAGGGGUGGCCUCAAGUACUACAAAACUCAAUGGCCGCCACGUACGAAGACAGGGGACCCAUACAAAAUUUUCGAAUAGAAAUGUCCAUAUUUUAUAUAGUUUACUUCGUGGUGUUUCCUUUCUUCUUCGUUAACAUAUUCGUAGCUCUGAUUAUUAUUACAUUUCAAGAGCAGGGUGAAGCUGAAUUGCAGGAUGGUGAAAUAGAUAAGAAUCAGAAAUCGUGUAUAGACUUCACGAUAGAAGCGAGACCUCUCGAGAGGUAUAUGCCAAGUAAAAGGGCGAGUUUUAAGUACAAAGUGUGGAGAUUAGUCGUCUCUACGCCUUUCGAAUACUUAAUCAUGACCCUUAUCGUCCUCAACACAUUAUUGCUCAUGAUGAAGUACUAUAAUCAAAAUGACAUCUACGCGGAUGUCCUCAAGUAUUCGAAUAUGGGGUUUACUGGAAUGUUUUCUGUGGAAACGGUGUUGAAAAUCAUCGCUUAUGGUGUCAAAAAUUUUUUCAAAGACCCAUGGAAUACAUUCGAUUUCAUAACGGUCAUUGGAAGUAUUAUUGACGCCCUCAUUAUGGAGUUUGGCGAGAACACAUUCAACGUCGGUUUCCUUCGCCUGUUCCGAGCCGCGCGACUGAUCAAGCUGCUCCGACAGGGAUAUACCAUUCGGAUACUCCUCUGGACAUUCGUGCAGAGUUUCAAAGCCUUACCCUACGUGUGCCUUCUCAUCGCGAUGCUAUUCUUCAUCUACGCCAUCAUCGGGAUGCAGGUGUUUGGCAAUAUAGAAUUAACACCAGAGUCUGACAUGAACAGACACAACAAUUUUCGAAGCUUCAUUCAAGCACUCAUGCUACUGUUCAGAUGCGCGACGGGUGAGUCGUGGCCAAACAUAAUGUUGGCUUGCCGCAAACCCGCCAAGUGCGACAUAGCAGCAGGAAAGGCCUCCAACGAAGAAUGUGGAAGUACGCUCGCCUAUGCCUACUUCGUAUCUUUUAUAUUCUUCUGUUCGUUUCUUAUGUUGAAUUUGUUCGUUGCCGUAAUUAUGGAUAACUUUGACUACUUAACGAGGGACUCGUCCAUCCUCGGAGCACAUCAUCUUGAUGAAUUUGUUAGAAUAUGGGCAGAAUACGAUCCAAACGCCACGGGUAAGAUCCAUUAUACAGAAAUGUAUGAUAUGUUGAAAAAUAUGGAUCCACCUCUGGGGUUUGGUAAUAAAUGUCCAAAUAGACUAGCAUAUAAGAAGCUUAUUAGAAUGAAUAUGCCGCUAGACGAUGAGGGGAAAGUUAAUUUUACAACAACACUAUUUGCCUUAAUACGAGAAAAUUUAAACAUCAAGAUGAGAUCUCCGGACGAGAUGGACCAAGCAGAUGAGGAAUUAAGGGAAACGAUAACCCACAUAUGGCCAUUACAAGCGAAGAAGAUGCUCGACUUGCUGGUGCCUCGAAACGAUGUACUCAACGCUGGGAAACUGACAGUUGGGAAGAUAUAUGCUGGACUACUGAUCCUCGAGAGCUGGAGAUCGACAAGGUUCAAGCAGAAUGGUGUUCCGGUAUUGGAGCUGCAAGGAUCGCACCACGCCUCAAUGGAGUCAUUGGACGAGGGGCGGUUACAAGCACCUCACACGUACCAGAACGGUCACCAUGGAAGAUCAUCGAGUUUAAGACGGACACCAAGUCCAAGAAGACGAGGCCACUACGGAGGUUAUCAUCACGAUAUUGGAUUCUCCGACACCGUCAGCAACGUCGUCGAGAUAGUAAAGCACGAACAUCAAAGACACGGGCGAACGCAUAGAGCGCCCCACUACUACCACCCGCAUGGGAAGGAGUGGAGGGCGCCGCACCCCACGACCAGCCUGAGCCAGCCCUCGCGGUCGCCCAGCCCGCCACACCACACCUACGUUUGGGCCCCGAUAGGUGAACGGGAUCGGGAGCGGGACCGCGAGUGGCGGGAAUGGCGCGACCGGUCGUGGGAGCGCGAGGGCGCGCGGCGCGGCCGCGGCCGGCAGCUCCCUCCCACGCCCACCAAGCCGUCCACACUACAGGUCAAGCAACAGCCACCCUUCACCAGAAUCAGCCACAGCCCCUCGCACUUAUCGCUAAGGCACACAGUCAGAGAACCGUUAGAGCCUCAACACGAUGAGUACGAGUACGGCCGAGAAGUUGAAAGACUGAUACACCGAGAUUAUAGAUCUAGAGAAAGACGCGGCCGGGGCUACGACGCGGAGUGGGGCUCCGGGCGCGCGUACGAGGCGCCGCUGAGCUACGAGGCGGCGCUGGCGCUGGGGCGGGGCGCGGCGCGCGCGCGCUGCCCUCGCCCGCGCCCGCGCCGCGCCUGCCCAACGGGUACAAGCCGCGCGCGCGCCACUCCGACUCGGACGAGGACGACUGGUGCUAGCGGCGCGCGCCCGCGCCCGCCGCGCCGCACUCCUUCUGACGCGCCCGCGAGCGCCCAACGAUCUCGUUUUAUACUCGGCGACCGUGUGUACAUAGACGACUCCCGUUGCUCAGCGGUUCGGACGUCGCUCCCGGCCCGCCGCGGCCCGCCUCCGAAUUCUAGUAUUUACGAAGUUUUGGAAAAUUUAAUUUUUAAUUCGCUAAAAUUUUACUCCUUGAUUUGUAUUACGGUUAGGGCGAUCGAGGUAUGAGACGGUGCCGGACGACUCGUUUGCGCUAGGAUUUUUACAUAAAAUGAAAUUACUAGUCUGUAUUGUAAAAGUAAACUUUCUAUAUUAAAUUUGCACUACGUAAAGUCUACGUUAUAUCGCGUGGUGAGAGGGCGCGGGCCCCGGCCCGACCCCGCCCGACGCCGUUUCGUAUUCAACUUACACGUUGGGAGAACACUAGCGAUUCAUCGUCAGACAAAUUAAUACUAGUAUUGUAUAAAAUAUUUACAUAGCGAAUAAUUUUUACUUAGUUAAUAUAUACUAAAUAAUAAUUAAACAUUUUUUAUUGAAUUUGCUGUCCUUCCCCCAAGUGCUUUAUACCUACGUUAUUUAAAUUUAAAUACGAUUAAACUAAAUAAAGAUGAAUUGUGUGUAAACUUUGAAAAUAUAUUUCUGCAUUAAAUGAUUACCCAAAUUGUUAAAUCGUGUACUGAGUAUUGUUUAAAGGUUUUGUCGCCUGGCCACUCGAGCCAUGUAAUGUAUUCCGAGGCCCAGUUUUGUACCGAGUGGGAGUAUCUUAGUGCUUUGUGAGUUAACUCUAAAAUAUACCUCAAAGUAACAUUUAGGAUGUAAAUUAAAGACGAGCCAAAGUUUUGUUGACUAUAAUUAUUAUUAUACUAAGGAAUAACAAGAUACUCCCACUUAGAAAUAAUGCAGUCAUCGACAUAUUGAUUAUGCCUAGCGAUAGCAUUUUAAAGGAUAUUACAAGUUAUAUAACUAUAAUGCAUUUGUAAGUUUCAACAGUUCAAAUAUAUGACGUAGUUUAUAGAUUAAAACAUUGUGCGACACCUUCAUUUACACGUUUAGGAAUCCAUUGUCGAUGGCAGAUUAUCUCGUACAAAUACAAAACUAAAACUUGUCACCAGGCACAAAACCGAAAUAUCUUCUGUACACUCUACAUCAGAAUUGGUUGACAACUUUAGUAUUAAAAAUAUAAAUAAAAACAGUUAAUUUUAGUCAUAAAACGAUAAAAACUUGAUAAUGAUCACCUUCAUUUGGAUCAACACCUAUGCAAAAGCGGUUAAAACCAAUUCUGCCGAUGACUGUACCGUAUUAUAAUAAAUCCGAUAUUCGUCCUGAUCCCACUUGAUACACGAUACACUACUUCAUGCCACAUUGUCAUACUAGUCACUUGUUAGCUGUCAUCUUUGCUGCGACUAAUGUACUGAACAUCAAAUCGUGCAAAUACUUAAACGAAGUGCAUUAACAAAACGUUAGUCAUGUAAUUCUGUAAGUAUUAUACGGUUCACUAAUCUAUAAACUUCACUAUGAAUAUGUCAGUGUGUGUGUCCAGUACAGUAGUCGCGUCAAAGAAGAAAUCGUUCAACACCAUCAAAUACAUUUGUUGCAAAGCAUGAUGUAGGUUACUUUAGUACGACAAAAUUGUAAAUACAUGAUUUUCUGUGAUAACAUGAUGAAAAAAUGAGAAUAUUAUUAGAACUGUGUGAUUGCAUAGGGUGUUGUUCAUUUCUCUAAGGGACGACGCGUGUUUGGCAGAAACCAAUAAAUAUUAAGGAUAGUCGACUUUAGAUGGAUUAAGUGUCAUCGUCAAAGUGUUAAGCCGAUAAAUGAAGUAUAAAAACGUUAAAAAAUGAUGUUUCUAAUAUUUACCAGUUUUGUUAGUGAUAGUACGAGCACUGAAUAUCGAAAUAGUUUUCAGUUUUCUAUAUAGACGUAUGAUGCCAACACUGGAAAGGUUCGGAUGAGCGUUGUUUUAAAAGAGAUGGAACAAAGGAGAUUCCAAACACGCGGCUCGUCGGUACCUUUAGUCGAAUCGGAUAUUACUCCCUCAAUAUUUUGAUCAUUGUUGUUUGUUGCGAAGGGCAGGAACGGGUUAUAAGAUAGCUUUUAUAUUUUACCUCUGUUAUAGUUAACUAGUACAAAGUGUCUACGCUGAAACGCGACUCGUGUCAUUUUUGUGCAGUAUGUCCAUUAUUAUAGUACCUAUACUUUGUUAAUAAAUACGCCUAUAUUAAUAAUUCCGUUUAAACUCCACAUAUAUAUGUGAAUCUAUCGUUUUGAACAAUUGAUAUUAUUAAUGUUAUAAUUACAAAUGCUAAUCUAGUCGUAAUAAAUGAAAUAAAUAAAAAUUGUUUUUUAAAAAGUGUUCGCAAGGGAUGCGUGUCUCACAGAUUAUAAAAAUUGUUGCCCUUUAUUUCAGAGUGUUAGAUUUCUUCUAUGUAGAUUUAUUAUUUGACAAGAUUGACUCAUGAGAAAUAUUUAUAUUGUUAUUGUAUAGACGUAUGGGUAUUUUCGUUUUGUCAUUUGUAAUCGGGGUGUUAGGAUGAUAUCUACAAUAAGCCGAUGGACUUUCGAUGACUGAGUGGUAUAUAGAGUACCGACCGCGUCCUGCUUUAAUGUUUGUGACUCCCUCGUAUUGAUACGACAAUGUUUCACUAACAUACGUGUUUAAGAUGUGUAAAUAUUGUAAAAUAUAAAGCGACCAUUGUGUAGAGGUCGCCUGUGAAAAUGUCUAGUGAUAUGUUACUUAGUUAAUCUUAGCUAGGUAAUCUCGUCCCCAACUGUCCUUCAAUUUAAGUUGGGUGUUUCACUGCCUUAAAUAAUAAUGAAAAUAUUUGAUGUAAUACUAACUAAACUACUACAAAUAAGUCGCAUUUCAAUUGUUCUAAUGCGUUCUAAAGUUCCGUGUUCAAGACACUAGUAUUGAAUAACAAAUAACAAGCGGUUUACGUUCAAAAUAAUAAAUUAGUUUGGUAAUAUAAUAGAUAUGAAUAAAUAAAGUACGAACACAAACAGCAGCAGUUAAUAAACGACGUAUAAUAAAAUUGUUAAUAAAUAAAUUGUAUCUAAUGAAAACACUCUCUUAGCUCACUUCCUUCAUGAGAGACGUUGCAGACGAGCCGUUCAUUUGCGAUAGACAACGUUCAGCUGACAACUUCAUUUAAAUAGUACUACGGUAUUUGCUCGUGUGCUCGUUACCUACUAAAUUAUCGAAUAAAUUGAACUAAUGAAGUGAGAUGAGAAAGUCUGAGCCAAUAUGUCAUGCCUGCCUUGUAUCUGUGUAAUCGCUUCACAAGAAAUUGUUUUAUAUUAAAAGUUAUAAUUAUAAUUGUAAAUUUAGCAUAGAAAGUUCAUCGGCGUCGAGAGAAGCACCAUAGAAUGUUUUUUGGUACGUUCCAAUAACUUUACAGGAUAGUGCAAUCCUAUUGAUAUUGUAUUAAUAAAGAACCAAACUUAAAUUAGUAUUUAAGUAAUUUAUUAUCCUAAAACUAAAAAAAACUAUACGCAUGUUUUCACUAUACUGGUAAAAUGGUUAUGUACAAUACGAAAGAGCUACUGUUUUAUAUAUGAAUUCUUGCUCGCCUGUAAAAUUUUGCAGAAUGAAUCAUAUUAUAAGAUUGUACAAUAUGAAUAAAUGCAAAAAAGACAUUUCCUC